AACAGGAAGUCCUAAUCGCCAUGUUGGCAACCCUGCUCCCACUAGCGUUUGACGUCAUACAUCAACAUGGCGGCCACUUUGGCUAAGUUGCGAAAUCUGUAUUUUUCUAAAACUUCAGUAACACUUUUCUCUCAAAGGUUACUAUCAUCAACCUCAUCAGUUCAAGACAGUAAUGAAGGGUGGUUCAGUAAACUGUUGGUGCGACGUAUAGAGCCCACCAAGGAAUCACAUUCCCGAUUAUUGUCUGAUAAGGAAAUUAUCUAUGAACUACAAACCCAUAAUGUGAGGGCUGAUUCUUCUGAGAAGUAUUUGGAAAACUAUCAACAGUCUGUGCAGCUGAUUGAUGCCCAUAAGUUAAAUUAUGAGUUAGUUGCAAGUUGGACAGUGGAAUUGGGUGAUUUAGACCAGGCUUUACACUUGUGGCGUUACACCGGGGGGUUUGCCACUAUCGACAAUGCGAAAAAGACACUUGCACAAAAUAAGGAUUUUGUAGCACUACAGAAAGAGAGAGGAAAACUCCUACGAUCACGCCACCUUCAGUACUUGCUGGCAUUCAGCUAUUGGCCACCUAUUGAACCCCGAACAGGUCCUAACCUUUAUGAGAUGCGCAGCUAUAAUCUCAAACCUGGAACCAUGAUUGAAUGGGGAAACAACUGGGCACGUGCUAUCAACUACAGACGUAAUAAUGAUGAAGCUUUUGCAGCCUUCUUUUCCCAGAUUGGUCGACUUUACAAUGUCCAUCAUGUGUGGUGUUACAAAGAUCUGCAGGCACGCAAGGAGACCAGAGAAGCAGCAUGGCGUUCACCAGGUUGGGAUGAGUGUGUUGCCUACACUGUUCCACUCAUCAGGGAGAUGCACUCUCGCAUACUGACUCCCACCUCAUUUUCUCCUACACAAUAGACCCUGUCAUCUGACAUGGCUACAUGGAACGUCCUGACCUAUCAACAUACUGCAAUAAAGUUAUUGCUGGUUUACGUUAAAUUCUGGCAUAAAACUCCCUCAGAUUUUCAUAAUUUAUUUUUAAAAUAUAUUUAGGAUAUUACUUGUAUGCAAAUGUUACUGACAGUGUUUAAAAGCAGACAUUUUAUGCACCAAGUUAUUAAUGUAUUUUUCAUUAAAUGACAGAAAAUUUCAUGUAUGCCAAAGAAAUAGGUUCUUGUUAGAACAAUGCCAAGUGUUUUGUUCUGUACAUGAGAAGCUCAUUGAUUUUUUCAGAUCAAAAUAAAAAUAACUUUUAAAAAAGUGUAAUACAAAUAUGAGAUUUUCUCAGAAUUUUCUGUAACCUCUGUCACUAGCUCCUGAAUGUCUGAAAAUAAAACCUUCCCAUGAAUAGUUUUUCAUAUUACCACUCCAUUAUGUGCUGCUGUCAUGUAUCCAAAUAUGCAUUUUCACAGUUAUGAAUGUGCAAUAUAAAAACGUUUGUUAUGUUUUCUUAUCUUUUAGAACAGAAUGAAACAGUAUCUCCAAUGAAAUCUUUGCUUAUAAUUGUAAAUUGGAGAGAAUUUCUUUACAAAACAGGAACCAAUAGCAGCAGUUAGUUUCUGUUGAUGGGUACAGGGGUCCAGAUGUUUAAGUUAACAAUGUACCAAAAAUAAAGGAGAAGCGUGUUAUGAUUGUGGGACUGUUGGAAAUAAAUGUAUUAUAGUUUUCUGUUUGUUGCUCUGUUAUAAUGUAAAGUUCCUGUUAUUGAGGAACUGUGUUGACCUUACUGGUCAUAACACAUUGUAAAUAUUCAUGGAAUUGGUAUAUAUUAACCAGAGUCAACGAAGCAAUUUUAUUAUAUAUUUUGAAGAUGUGAUUUUCCAGAAGGGAAGUGAGAACAGCAUUUCAUGUACAAAUUAAUUUUUAGAAACCAUUAGUAGGAUAUUUCUUUUUGGUAAAUGCGUAUACAUAGCAAUGUCGGUGUAUCAUCCCAAAUGAAUUCUAAUAUUAAAAACUUGUUUGUCAAAUAAAAUGACCUCAAGUAAAUAUAAACAGUUCUUCUUUAUCAGAAAUGUAAACAUUAACUUAUAAUAAGUUAGAUAAUUGUUACAAAGGCAGAUGAACACAAUGUACAUGUUUUCUACGCAACUCUUUGUUACUAUAAAAUAAAAUUAAGAUCAUAAAGUCAAA